GUUCAACGAAUCGAUCGUGUGUGGGCUUUCUCGAGAACAAUAAGGUUGGGAUGUCAAUGGCCCAGUCCACAUCAGUCCAAACUACAUAAACCGCCGCUCUCAGCUGGUCAAAAUGUAUCCCGCCUCGUUUCUUUAACCUUCAUCGUUGCUUUCUACCGGUGCUGGGCCACCUGAUCAGUGAUCAUUCAUUCACUAAAGACAUUCUUGCAAUUGCUAUCCUUUCAACUCAAACAGUCUACGAUCCCAACUAUCUCCUAGACAUCAUCAAUCCUUUCUAUCUUUUAUAAUGGUCGGCCCACGAGCAUAUAUCUUCUUUGCACUCAAUGUUGUCCGUUUCCUGAGCAUAGUGUCUCUCAUACUGGUCUUUGCCAGCAGCAUCUUUGUUAUCGUCACGGACGUCGAAGCUGUUAACGCGUUCGAAGCUGCCAAGCAAAGUGGCAAUGUCACAGCGCAAGACUUUGCUGACUGCGAAUACAUCGAGAACAGCACCGUACCUAACCAGAUUGGCGGUGUUUUCUGGGCUGUCAUCAACCGCCUACUUAUUAUCUUCCAAGUUGUCAUGCUCUUCCUUUCUGAGAUUGGUUGGCCAUCUGCUUUCUUUGAUCGCUUUUUCCCUGUGCUUGGUACGGGUUUUGGACUCGGCGCCUUGGGUAUCUUCCAAGGACUUAUCGGAGCUGCAGUCCUCUCGCAGCAUGUGGAUGACUUCACCCUUGUCUCCGCUUUCUUCCUUUUCGUCCUCGGCUGUAUCAACAUGUUCCUUGGUCUUCUCUUCCGGGAAUCAGCCAAGAGCAGGCGUUCAAUCACGUCGUGGCGCGAGGAAGCCAAGGGUGUAUUGCCAACGACGAACCUGCGUUCUGCCGCAAAUCUCGAUCUCAAUCGCUCCGGCUCAUCUGGCUCCGGGCAGUCAUCCACCUCUUCUACAGUAUAUGAUGAGAAGACGGGUGCUUCGGAGUUCGGUGCUGUGCGGAAUGGAAGCAGAGCUGGUUACGGCUUUGGGCGCCAAGGUGAGAAGGCUGCAGGCCUCAGAGGCUUCUUGAUAUCCAAACCUAUCGAGAGUCUCCCCCGCUAUGCAGCUCGUCCCACUAGCAUUCCUUCCCGGUCGUCCCGGACCUCUCGUUCCCCCUCGCCUGAACCUCAUUUCGCCUCCAGCGGUUCGGCGAUUUGACAGAAGCACCGACGCUCCCUAUGAGAACUGUUACGACGCCACGUGCAUGGCAUUAACUUGACUGGACUUGUAUUAUUCACAUGUGCACAACCACGGAUAACCCCAGCGGGAACGCUGGUCUCACGUUGAUACCUUUACUGUAUGGUGUUUUGCGGUACACUAUUUUGCGCUAUAUAGACAAUUGUAGUUUUAUUAGCGUUUCAUAUUGCAAUUAUAAUACUUUUUCCAUGUAAGCUGUCUUGUCGACUCGGAGUUGACCAAUAGUAACGACUAUCGACGGACGGGUGUGGAUAAAACCUUGUCACUUGCGCUCAGUAUGCUUUGGCUCUUGAGUGGACGGCAGUUUUACCUAUUCAAGUUUUUAGCCUUCCUUGC